UGGUGGGAAGUAAGUGGUACUACCUGGUAACACUGCAAAAUAAGCAAAACAAAAUUCCACGUAAAAAAGUCGAUUGCCGGGCGAAUUUAUUUGCAAUUUCGAAUGUCAGCUGCCAGGACUAGUCAGGACUGUGACUGCACUGCCAAGUGCAGGCUACGCCAGCAUGGAAACACUAUUACUGCUGCGCUGACAAAGCGCUCCAUUUCCAGCCAAAACCUGGCCGCCUUCGUUUAUAAAACUUGUGGGAAUUUCGCCAACAUACUGGACGACCUGGGACGAUCUGCAGUUCACAUGUCUGCGUCGACCGGCCGCUACGAGAUCCUGGAGUGGCUGCUGAACCAUGGAGCCUACAUCAACGGCCAGGAUUACGAGUCCGGCAGUAGUCCCCUUCACCGGGCUCUGUACUACGGUUCGAUAGACUGCGCUGUGCUGUUACUCCGCUAUGGCGCCAGUAUGGAGCUGCUUGAUGAGGACACUUGUUGUCCUCUACAGGCCAUCUGCCGGAAAUGUGACGUUGAUGACUUCGCCACAGAUUCACAGAACGAUGUUUUGGUCUGGGGUUCCAACAAAAACUACAACCUGGGCGUUGGCAGCGAGCAGAACACCAAUGCUCCCCAGAGUGUGGAUUUCUUUCGCAAGUCCAACAUUUGGAUCGAACAGGUUGCCCUAGGUGCCUACCACAGUCUGUUCCUGGAUAAGAAAGGUCAUCUUUACGCCGUAGGUCAUGGUAAAGGAGGUCGCCUGGGCACCGGAGGCGAGAACACCCUGCCUGCCCCCAAGCGUGUUAAAGUCUCUUCCAAACUGGGAAGCGAGGACUCCAUCCGCUGCAUCAGCGUCUCCCGCCAGCACUCGCUGGUGCUCACGCACCGAUCUCUUGUCUUCGCCUGCGGCUUAAAUAGCGACUGCCAGCUCGGCGUGCGUGACGCACCUGAGCACCUUGCCCAGUUUAAGGAAGUGGUCGCCUUGCGUGACAAAGGUGCCAGCGAUUUGGUGCGUGUCAUCGCCUGCGACCAGCAUUCAAUAGCCUACGGCAGCAGGUGUGUCUACGUUUGGGGGGCCAAUCAGGGCCAGUUUGGCAUCAGUGCCAAUAUAGCUAGCAUCGUAGUGCCCACAUUGAUCAAAUUGCCAGCGAGGACGACAAUCCGAUUUGUGGAAGCCAAUAACGCAGCCACGGUAAUUUACAGUGAAGAAAAAAUGAUAUACCUUUACUAUGCCGAAAAGACAAGGGCAAUUAAGACGCCCAACUAUGAAGACCUCAAAAGCAUUUCCGUGAUGGGUGGCCAUAUAAAGAACUCAGCCAAAGGUUCUGCGGCAGCUUUAAAGCUGCUGAUGCUCACCGAAACCAAUGUGGUGUAUCUCUGGUACGAGAACACCCAGCAAUUUUACAGAUGCAAUUUCCUUCCUAUAAGACUGCCACAAAUAAAAAAAAUCCUCUACAAGUGCAAUCAGGUGAUGGUUCUAUCCGAAGAUGGCUGUGUUUAUCGUGGAAAAUGCAAUCAGAUUGCUCUUCCCGCUUCGGAACUCCAGGAGAAGUCUCGGCCAAACUUGGACAUUUGGCAGAAUAACGAUCAGAAUCGGACAGAAAUAUCUCGGGAGCAUGUGAUCCGCAUUGAACUGCAACGGGUUCCCAACAUUGAUCGUGCAGUUGACAUAUCCUGCGACGAAGGUUUUUCCUCCUUCGCUGUACUGCAAGAGUCCCAGGGCAAAUACUUUCGCAAACCCACACUGCCACGCAAGGAGCACAGCUUUAAGAAGCUCCUCCACGACACCAGCGACUGUGAUGCUGUCCACGACGUUGUGUUUCAUGUGGAUGGCGAGAAAUACCCCGCCCACAAGUAUAUCAUUUACAGUCGAGCUCCCGGACUCAGGGAGCUCGUUAGGAUGUAUCUGGACAAGGACAUAUAUUUAAAUUUCGAAAACCUAACUGGGAAGAUGUUCGAACUAGUCCUGAAGCAUAUUUACACGAACUACUGGCCCACGGAAGAUGAUAUCGAUUGCAUUCAGCAGAGCUUAGGGCCAGCCAACCCCCAAAAUCGGAGUCGGACUUGUCAAAUGUUCUUGCCGCACCUUGAGAAGUUCCAACUGACAGAACUGGCCAAGUAUGUGAAGAGCUACGUUCAGGACCAUCAGUUUCCACUUCCAAGUGCUCGACAGCGUCUGCCCCGUCUCCACCGCUCCGACUAUCCGGAGCUUUAUGAUGUGAAGAUAAAAUGUGAGGACGGUCAAGUCCUACAAGCCCACAAAUGCAUGUUGGUGGCCCGCCUGGAGUACUUCGAGAUGAUGUUUAUGCACUCGUGGGCAGAGCGUUCUAGCGUCACCAUGGAGGGAGUGCCUGCGGAGUAUAUGGAACCAGUUCUGGACUAUCUGUACAGCCUAGAGGCUGAAGCCUUCUGCAAGCAGGCCUAUUUAGAGACGUUCCUCUACAACAUGAUCACCAUAUGCGAUCAGUAUUUCAUUGAAUCGCUGCAGAAUCUCUGCGAGCUGCUCAUCCUCGACAAGAUUAGUAUCCGCAAGUGUGGCGAGAUGUUGGAAUUCGCCACGAUGUACAACUGCAAGUUGUUGCUGAAGGGCUGCAUGGACUUCAUUUGCCAAAACCUGGCAAGAGUCCUCUGUUACCGCAGCAUCGAGCAGUGCGAUGGAGAAACUCUGAAGUGCCUUAACGAUCACUAUCGCAAUAUGUUCAGUAGAGUGUUCGACUACCGUCAAAUCACACCAUUCUCGGAGGCUAUAGAGGAUGAACUGCUGCUAAGUUUUAUUGAUGGAUUAGAGGUGGACCUGGAGUAUCGAAUGGAUGCGGAAUCGAAGGCGAAGCAGGCUGCUAAAACUAAGCAGAAGGAUCUUCGCAAGCUAAAUGCACGGCAUCAGUACGAACAGCGGGCUAUAUCCAGCAUGAUGAGAUCUAUAAGCAUAAGUGAAUCCAAUCCAGCCCCAGAGGUGGCCACUUCUCCCCAGGAAAGUGCUCGCAGCGAGACCAACAACUGGUCUCGAGUCAUUGACAAGAAGGAACAGAAACGCAAGCAAGCAGAAACCGCCUUAAAGGUGAACAAAACACUCAAACAAGAGACGUCGCCGGAGCCCGAAAUGGUGCCCAUUGAAAGAACACCGGUGAAUGAGCAAACACCUCCGCCUCUUUCCCCUGAAACGGAACCUUCAACUCCACUAAACAAGAGCUAUAACUUGGACUUUAGUUCGCUGACACCUCAGUCGCAGAAACUAUCGCAGAAACAACGGAAGCGUCUCUCGUCCGAGUCAAAAAGCUGGCGCGGCAAUAGUUCUGCUUUAUUGGAGUCACCCACCACUCCGGUGCCCGUGCCCAAUGCCUGGGGUGUGACCACUACGCCUUCCAGUUCAUUCAAUGACUCUUACACUUCCCCGACUACUGGAAGCAGCUCAGAUCCCACUUCGUUUGCAAACAUGAUGAGGAGUCAGGCGGCUUCUUCUUCAGCAACUUCAAAGGACCAGAGUCAAAACUUCUCCAAAAUCUUAGCGGAUGAGCGACGGCAGCGGGAAUCCUACGAGCGCAUGCGGAACAAGUCUUUGGUGCACACACAGAUCGAGGAGACGGCCAUCGCCGAACUAAGAGAGUUCUAUAAUGUGGACAAUAUCGAUGAUGAGAAGAUAACCAUUGCCCGGAAGUCCAGGCCCAGUGACAUAAACUUCAGCACUUGGAUUAGGCAGUGAAUCGGAUUAGAUAGAUUUUAGUUGUGUUGUUUUCGUUUUUACUUUCAAUUAUUAACAAGAGUCCGAUUAUUUAUUUGA